AUGUACCAAAGCCCUUUAAAGCUUUACCAGUGCCCUCAAACACACGUUUCUUUCAAAUUUCCGCUCGCACUUUUGCCACCCCAGGAAACGACAGGUCUGAUCGUGACGAUAAGGACAAAGAGUUCCAUGAAUCAAUCAAUCGUGGCCUUAGGGAGGCAAAGGAAGACUAACCCGGACGAUGUUCCUGAAGAGUUGAAACAGUUCUUUAACCGCGAAAAGAAACACUCAGCUCCUCAGAACAAAUCUGAGGAUGGCGAUUCGAAGGAUUCAACUCCUCGGAAAGACAAGAAGCAAGGUUUUGGAUUCUCUGGGAACAACAACCAGAAUAACAACAACCAAAACAACAAUGACAUGCGUGCAAAUAUGAACAUGUUGAUUGCUACAAUUAUAUCAACUUACAUUUUGUACCGCUUUACUUCGCCGGAAUCUUCAUCCAGGGAGAUUACUUGGCAAGAAUUCCGCUCAGCAUUUUUAGACCGUGGACUUGUCGAACGUCUCGUUGUGGUAAACCGUGCCAAGGUCAAUGUGUAUCUUCACAGCAAUGCGACUGGUGGUUCCUAUUCGGGCCAACCGGGUGCUUUAUUGGGCACGCCACAGUACUGGUUCAGUGUUGGAAGCGUCGAAGCUUUCGAGCGUAACCUCGAAGAUGCUCAACGUGAGCUUGGUAUUCCUUCAAACGAGCGUAUACCUGUGGCAUACCAUGAAUCGAUCAGUAUGGCUUCGACGUUACUGCACUUUGCGCCUACUCUAAUUAUUGCAGGCUUGCUAUUCUACCUUACCCGUCGCGCUGCAGGUGGCGGUAUGGGUGGUGGCGGCGGCGGACCAGGUGGUAUAUUCGGUAUUGGCAAGAGUCGCGCUAAACUGUUCAACCAGGAAACUGAUGUCAAAGUAAAGUUUGAAAAUGUUGCCGGUAUGGAUGAAGCCAAGCAGGAAAUUAUGGAAUUCGUGAGCUUUUUGAAAAAUCCAGAGCGUUAUGAGCGUCUGGGUGCGAAAAUCCCUCGUGGUGCCAUCCUCAGUGGACCCCCCGGUACAGGCAAAACGCUAGUUGCAAAGGCUACUGCAGGUGAAGCAGGUGUUCCAUUCUUGUCCGUAUCUGGAUCUGAAUUUGUGGAAAUGUUUGUUGGUGUUGGUCCAUCUCGCGUGCGUGAUAUGUUUGCAACGGCCAAGAAAAUGGCACCGUGUAUCAUCUUCGUGGACGAAAUCGAUGCGAUUGGCAAAUCACGUGGAAAGGGCGGUAAUUUUGGAGGCAAUGAUGAACGUGAGAGUACGCUCAAUGAGCUACUUGUCCAGAUGGAUGGUUUUGGCACCAACGAACAUGUUGUUGUACUUGCAGGUACUAAUCGGCCUGACGUGCUCGAUCCAGCGCUGAUGCGCCCGGGUCGUUUUGACCGUCACAUUGCCAUUGAUCGCCCUGACAUCAGUGGACGUCGCGCCAUUUUCCAUGUGCAUCUCAAGCCACUUAAGCUCCGGGAGGACGUCGACACGGAUCUUCUUGCUGAAAAGCUUAGCACGCUCACCCCGGGAUUCAGUGGUGCCGACGUUGCUAAUGUGUGCAAUGAAGCCGCUCUCAUUGCUGCACGUGCCGAAGCACCUUCCAUCGAUGAGCAUCACUUUGAGUUGGCCAUUGAACGUGUGAUUGCAGGACUGGAGCGCAAGUCACGCGUCCUCAGCCCAGAGGAAAAAACUACGGUCGCGUACCACGAAGCUGGUCACGCCGUUUGUGGCUGGUUCCUGGAACACGCUGACCCUCUCCUGAAGGUGUCUAUCAUCCCGCGUGGUGUUGGCGCUCUGGGAUAUGCGCAAUACCUUCCAAAAGAACGUUUCCUCUUCAGUACCGAGCAGCUUCUUGACCGCAUGUGUAUGACGCUUGGUGGUCGGGUUGCUGAAGAGAUUUUCUUCGGACGCAUCACUACCGGAGCGCAAGAUGAUCUCUCCAAGAUUACCCGUAUGGCCUUUGAGAUUUGUGCAUCUUACGGUAUGAAUGACAAGCUUGGUCCUGUGUCGUACCGUACAGACCAAGAGUCGAUGCACAAACCUUAUUCUGAGCGUACCGGUGAAUUGUUGGAUGAGCAAGUGCGCGCCAUGGUAAUGGAAGCACAUGCUCGUACUACAAAUCUUUUGACGGAACAUCGCGAAGAUGUGGAAAAAGUUGCGAAGCUCUUGCUCGAAAGGGAAGUUAUAACUCGUGAGGAUAUGACGAAUCUGCUUGGCAAGCGACCUUUCAAACAGGCUGACGAAGCGGAUGAAUAUCUUGACAAGAAAGGACGUCUUCGGAAAGAACAACCUGGUCCUUCCGAGACUUUGCAUCCUGACCCUAAGCUGGCUUCUUCCAGGAGCGACGUGCCUCCUCCGUAA